AUGGCGCCCAGCCCCGCGGCCGCCACGCCGUGCUGGCUCCUCGAGGACUUCGUGGUGGCGCAGGAGUGCGCCCCGUGCACCCGCUUCCAGGAGAAGACCAUUUCGGACUGCAGCCCCACGGGCUUCAUCGAGAGGAUCAGCUGUGCGAGCUCCAAGAGGGAGGAGUUCAAGAGCUGCCGCUCGGCCGUGAUGGAGGCGCGCGUGUUCUGGAAGUUCGUGGGCACCAUGAUGGGCACGGCCGCCGUCUUCGCCGUGCUCGUCGUGUGUCGCCAGCGCGUGCUGGACAGGAAGGCGCUGGAGAAGGUCCGCAAGCAGAUCGAGUCCAUCUAGCGCCGCCGCGCUCCCGAGGCGCUGGCAGGGGGAAGGCCGGCCGCCCGGAGCUGCCCCGCGCCCGUCUGCCGUCUCUGCACCCGCCGGGGCGCCCUGUGAAGGACCCCGAGGGGUCUCCGUGCCCGGGGUCCCUCCUGCUUUCCCAGCUGCCGUCGGAGCGCCGCGGUCUGGGCAGCGGCCCUCC